CACUGUGGGAUAGCGGAGGACUGACCUCUGGUCGCCCGGAGGAGGCAUUCCCAUCACGUUCCGAGAGUCUCCAGGGGCAGCCUUGUGGUCCGGCGGUCCCUGCCUGCCUUCAGCUCUCCUUAACAUGAUGGGGUCCCGCUUCACCUCGCCGAGGGCGCGCCCCCCACUGAAGGCCCCGGUGUUGAGGAGGGCCUGGCUGCCCUGGCAGGACCCCCAGUGAGGGUAAGCCCCACCAGCGUCGCGACCUACCGAUAGCAACCCUCACAGGCCGCGAAGCCGGCGAUCCUACAGCUCCCAGGGCCCUCUUGAUCAGUGGCAGUAGGUGUACCCCUGCCACCGAGGGGAGAAAUGACCCCAGCUGGUUUGCGGCACCUGGAUGGAGCACUUUCAAAAAAGAAAACUUUGUCAGCAGUCCCGGAGACUCUGCGUAGGAUCUUGACCCGAAGGCGAGAGGCAGUACCGCGGUGCUGCAGAAAGUCUGCAGACCCGGUAUUCUACCUCGCUAGGCGGAUGGAGAGAGGGACUGCUGGGUUCUGUAGCAUGAUUUAGAGCUUUGAGGAGCGACCCCAGCCCCCUCUGGAGAACUGCACCAGUUGGCAGGACGCGGAAAAGCCAUCUGUGGCCUACAGAGGGAUCAUUUCCUUAAGACUCCCGUUUGGACGCAAAAGUGCUUGGUAGAUAAGCCAGGCGGGCAUGGCCGCAAGCCCUCCCGUCCUCUCCUUCCUUCUGCCAAAGAGAGAUGCCCGGGCCCGACGCGGAGGGCUCGCCCACCCUCGGGGGAGGUGGGGGGCUCGGCCGAAGGCAUCUUUUUCCCGGGCUUUCUCGGGGCCUCCCCCAUGCCGCCGCCUUCGCCUGGGGCUGGGAAGUCAAGGAGGGCAGUGGGGGCAGAUGCGGGGCGUCCCGUCGGUCGGGUCGGUCCCGCCGGGAGGGGGACGCGUCCGCGGUGACGGAACAGAAGCCCGGGAAGCCUCGGCCCCUCCGCGGCCGCUCGGAAGGCUCGUGCGGAGCGCGGCGUCGGCGCCUUCGGAACCUCCGGGGCCGCAGCUCGCCGCCGCCGCCCGCUCUCCGGCCGGCCGGGGGAACCCGGGGAAGCCUCGCGGCCCAGGGGCGGCGGCGGCGAGACCCCGCCCCGCCCGGCCGGCCCGCGCCUAUCGUGGCUGCCGGCCUGGUCACGCGGAGAGUGGCGCUGCGGGCUCGGGGCCAGGGCCCGGCGGCUGCCGGAGUCGCGGCGGGGCCGGAGCCGGGGCGGGGGCGGAGGGUGGAGGGUAGAAAUAGGGCCGGGCGGGCCGCGCCAGUCCGGGAGUCGCGCAGAGCCGACCUGAGCCACGCCGAGGGCGCCGAGUGCGGCGACCGACCCCCGGAGCACCCAUGCUGCUGACGCUGGCCUCGGGCUCGCUCUUCUUCCCGGGGCUCUUCGCACUCUGCACCUGGGGGCUGCGGCGCGCGCGGCCCGCCUGGAGCGACUCCGACUGCGUGAUGAUCAGCACCAGGCUGGUUUCUUCAGUGCAGGCUGUGUUGGCCACCGGGUCAGGGAUCGUCAUCAUCCGUUCCUGUAGCGACGUGAUCACGGACAGGCACUGGCUUGCCCGAGAGUAUGUCUGGUUCUUGAUUCCGUACAUGGUCUAUGACUCCUACGCUAUGUACCUCUGUGAGUGGUACCGAACCAGAGACCAGAACCGUGGACACUCCCUCGCCACCUUCCGAAACUUCCUGUGUAAAAACCGCCUCAUGAUCACACACCACGCAGUCAUUCUGUUUGUCCUUGUGCCAGUUGCCCAGAGGCUCAGGGGAGACCUGGGGGACUUCUUUGUCGGCUGCAUCUUUAUGGCAGAACUGAGCACUCCAUUUGUGUCGCUGGGCCGAGUCCUGAUUCAGCUGAAGCAGCAGCACACCCUUCUGUACAAAGUGAACGGAAUCCUCACGCUGACCACCUUCCUCUCCUGUCGGAUCCUCCUUUUCCCUUUCAUGUACUGGUCCUAUGGCCAACAGCAGGGACUAAGCCUACUCCAGGUGCCAUCCCGUAUCCCCUUCUACUGCAAUGUGGCCAAUGGCUUCCUCAUCGCUCCCCAGAUCUACUGGUUCUCUCUGCUGUGCAAGAAGGCAACCCGGCUCUUUGACAGCCUCCCAGCCAAAAAGGAUGGCUAAGUGCUCCUGGGGAUCAGGCAGUGAGGGUGCUGCCUCACGCUCACUGCUGCCUCCACGCAGUAUUCCCACGGACCAGACUGUGCCCUGGCUGGCCUCAGGCUUUUGGGUAUUGAUGAGCAGCUGGGUUUGAGUUUUUCUAAAGGAUGGUCAUCUGAUCUCCCUCUUCUAACCUGCCCCUUUGGCCAAAGCACUUUUUUCUAAGUAACAGUGAUUGGAUCCUGUCAGACCUCCACUGGCAGCAAGGAGGUUUUAAUGAAAAGCCCAGGGAUCCCUCCUUGGGUCUUACCUCAAGGGUUCUGGGAGGUAGAAGCAUGGGGUGUGGAGACAGGUAGACCAGGCUGCUAAGUGUCCGGGCACCUGCCUGGCCCGAAUACUGGCGGCUACCCACCUUUCCUACCACUCAGGGCAGCAUCUAUACUCACUGGGCCAGCAGUAGCAAGUGACGAACUCGGUUCUUGAAAUACGUUCUUGUGAUGUUGGCCUGGGAAAAUCAUUGUGGGUAGGUACUUUUGUACUGUUUACUGGGUGACUCAUCCUGUCACCCACGUGCCAGCGUUGAAUUCCCGUGUCCACUGACUUCCGUUCAGGUCUCCCUGGCAGGGGAGCAAGAAGCGGGGAAGGGAACACUUGAGUGGGUCGGGAGGCCGAUGCGUCUGCGCCACUGCAGGCUGAUGUGGGAAGACUAAUGUCAAACUUGUGAGCUUGUUGUCCCGUCACAAAUCCUAUUCCUUUCUUAUGUCCCCUCAAACCCAGCUUUCAUCACGUCCACGCGCGCAGGAUGCUGCUGUUAAAACUGCAGGGGUAAAGGGACGUGGUGCCUAGCAAGCUCUUUCCCAGGUCACCCCCCACUUUGACAUUGUCCUUUUCAUAGGAUGUGGAAACGGGCUUCUGUAUCCUAAACCGUGAGAGGUAUCCUCCAGGCGGCCUCCCGCUAAGCCAGAGCUUCUGUUACAAAGCCCGUUCCCGAAGAAGCGUACUGCCACCUUGCCGCAGAAGGCUGGGGAACAAGAGUGCAAGAGCGCCCUGGCCAAAACACGUCCUGUGGACUGACCCAUCCACCAUUUGCAGAUAGGAUCCUCUGGUGCCAACACUAAUUGUUCCUUAUCCACUAGGAUGGGUUUUUAGAAACUGCUACCAUGAAGUUUUGUUUUUCAAAUGGUAGUAAAAAUCUAGAAGUUUUAAAGUGCCUUUUAACUUACUGUUGUCCAUGAACUUGCAAAGUACUGAGUAUGUAACAGUGUCUCAAAUUCUAUUUCUGUCUUUAAUGGGUGCCAUUUAAAAAAUGUCAAAUGCUGUAAUUUUUUUUUUACCGGUUUUGUUUACUGUCAGUCUGUCUUUAUAAAUCACCCCUGUGGUGAUUAAAGUGCACUAAUAUUUCCCA